AUGGCGCCUGCUCGCCACCUGCUCGAGAAACUCGAACGAGCUGGGAGCGCCCGCGUCGCGGUGGUCCGUAGCGCCCUCUACUUGCCUCUUUUUGUUCUCUCGCUGCUCCCCCUGGCCUCUUUGUUUCCUCCGUCGCAGGCGGCAGACCUGCCCCCGGCUGAUCAAAUUGUGCCCGCUGAGCAAGACCCACCCCUCGGCGGCGCCGUCCGCAUUCCGUUCAGAGUGAACCCGCAGUACGGCCCGCGCUGUGACGCCUUCGAAGGCCCGCGGCAGUUCUGGUCGCCGCCCGCCACCGGCAGUCACCAGUACUGGCAAAUGACCGUCCCGCCGCCGAGAACUCAUCCGCCUCUCGUCGAUUUGCGGGCUUACGGCACGGUGGGGAUGUACGAGGCCCUGCCGGUCAGGCCCCUGUUUCCGCCUGCGGAGGGUCGCCCGGGGCUCGCCAAAGUCCACGCGCCGGUCGUGCAUGCCAAGCCAUGGCUGGAGCUGCGUCCCGACAGCACGAAUAUUCCCGCUAAGAAUAUCAACAAUUUUUACAUGAUCGGAAAGGCCGCCGGAACUGUCAUCAUGUGGGGUCUGCGGGAAAUCCUGCAGCAGCUCCAAACAGGGACGCCGACCACUGCGCAGCUCACAGCCGCGGUUCAGCUGGUGACGCGGAGCGGGGACUUACUCGAGCAGUUGCGAAACGGGCAGCAGCAGGCGCUGUCUGCGUUCAACGGCCUGCUGGCCCUCGUGGCCAAGGAACUCCCUCAGGCAGACUUGCGUCUCUUCCGCUUCUGGGGACUCGCGGCAAACAUGCCCAACAGGCCAGACCAUCCAGACACCCUCUACGUGCAUUCCAUGGAGAAGCAGCGCUGGCGCCUGGCGAACGAGCUGCUGCGCGUGCUCAACCUGAUUCCGGGGGAGACUGUCAACGCCAGGCUGGUUGACUGCGACCACAUCGCGUUCACGGCGUACUCGUCCGACCUGAAGGAAAUCUUUCCAACCCGCGCGCAGAAGAAGCACUUUUGCAGGUUCAGCGUGACCGGCUGGCUCAUCUAUGCGGCGCGCCAGAUCUACGACAUGGCGAACGCCGCGCUAUCCGGCGGCGACGACAGCGUCCGGCCUCUGCUCGCAGAGAUCCAGAAUACCCUCAAAACGAUUCAGGCGACAGCUGCCGAGAUGAAGGCUCUCUUCCCUGCCGUCGAAGAACAUCUCAAAGCUGUGCUUGGCGGAACGCAGCAGUAA